AUGCGCGAGCUGCUUUCCUGCCUGCCACAUUUCUUCAGGAGGGAAGACUGCGUCUUCUUGAAGGUCACAUUUGAGGAGAUCACCUACACAGAGCAGAUGCACCACCGCCUGGGCGCUCUGCCAGCCUUUAAAAUAUACACAACGGGACGGCGGUAUACUCUGGAAGGGCAGCAGUCUUUCGAGAGCUUGGUUGCCUUCAUUUCAGCCAAGACGAUGCUGCUUGUGACUGCCGCACACUUUGGCCAGGCCGGCAGGAAUUGGUGGCUGGUAUUGUCAGCGACUGUUGUGUACAACGAUCUCAUCAAUAAUCACAAGAAAGAGAUAUUCUCCGAGUCCAAGGUCUCUCAGUCGUCAAUCACCGAAGGAAAGGAAAGCCAGCUAGACGACACCCUUCUCUUUGUGGGCAUUAUCUCUGGCAGAGGCUACAGGCACAGACGCCUGGCGGUGAGGGAUGCCUGGGCCACGGCAUGCCAGGUUCCAGGGGUGUCAGUCUGCCGCUUCAUCCUGUCGGACGACGAGGUCACAGAGCUGGUGCAGGAGGAGAUGCAGGAGCACCAGGACAUUGUGCUCGUGCACGGGGAAACAACCUACAAGUCCAUCCUGCUGAAGACCUUGUUUGUGUACGAGUAUGCUGUGCGGCACUAUGACGCGCGCUUCAUCCUCAAAACCGACGACGACGCCUUUGUGCACACGCGUGCGAUGGUGCAACAGCUGCGGCUGCUGUGCGAGAGCCCUGACUGCCGCCGGGAGCGCCUGUACAUGGGCAAGCAGUGCAGGCGGGGGAAGGUCAUAGUGACGCCCGGGCACCGCUGGAACAACGAGGAGUACUACAAUCACACCGGCCUGGAGACCUACGCUAAUUACAUGUUUGGCGGCGGCUACAUCCUCAGUUCAGAUGUGGCACAGGCGUUGGUGCACAUGCAGAGCAAGGUCAGCCUCAAGUUCACGCCGAUAGAGGACGCAACCAUCGGCUUCUGGGUCAUGGCCAUGGACCUGCGCCAGAUUGACCACCCCAAAAUGAACAGCAACUUCUGGCCGUGCUGCUUCAAGGCGCUGGAGCGGAGGCCUGGCCACAAGCAGGCGAGUGCUCCUUCAUUUUCCUUCAUUCAAGAAGUGAGUGGGUUCCAGCUGGACGAGGAGACGGAGGCGGGCAUCUGCAGCGACGACCCCUGGAUCAUCUUGCACAAGCUCGACUCCCCCUCCAAGAUGCGCUACGUCGGCGCGCGAGUCGCCGCAUGCCCCCAGAACGCAUCCGCCGCUCACAUGAUUCCAGCCAGCAUCGCCCCCUGGGUCGCCAAAAUAGGGAAUCCAGGGGCCUCGAGCGUGGACGCCACUUGACAACCGGGCGUUAUCUGCUCUUACACGCUUCUAUGCGCCUCCGAUGGGCUGACCAUGCAAAGGACCAGGAUGACGGCAGUGCUUUUGCCAAACAGAUUAUUUACUACACUGCGCAUGACGGGGCGAAUUCGAAUCCCGGGACCUGCUGUGUGGUUUGUCACACAUGCAGACAGUGAUGCCUGGCUUGCAAGCCGCUGUCCACCUAUCAAUGUCAAUGUCAAACGUCACUUCUUGUUCUGAGACACAGCAGUGCUAAUCCCAAUGGCAUGGCUGCUCAUUGAAUGUGCGUUCUUUUGUAACUUAUGUACUUUCUAAAGUAUGCUAUGUUUGCAGUUUUAUGCAAGAACUUGGCAGUGGCGUCGAGAGCCCUUUGGGGCUGCUCCGGAGGAUCCUAUCCCGGUUUGGUCAAGUCCCAAUUAACAAAUUUGGAAAUAUGUGAAUCCAAAAGAUUGUGACCAGCAAGAUGUCAUCAUUGUUGUGGCUCGCAAUUAUUUUGGAAUGGAACUUGCGCUUGAAGAUGAACUUGAAGGCAAACACUUGAGCUAGAGGCGUUUCCCAGAUUACCAUUGUUGAUGAAGCCCUUUCUUUGCCUCAAUUUAUAUCAUCUUGAGCCGGGGAGCAGAGUUGUCCUCUCACAGAGUGCAGAUCUCGGCCUGGCUCAUUCUGUAAUGUACUGAUAUCCUCCC